CACCAGCCCCUCCCAACAAAAAAAAAAAAAAAAUGGGGCGUUGGCUCGCCAGCGCCGCCUUGUGGUUGGCCUGGGGCAGCUUCACGUUUGCCACCUACAAGAGAUCCUUCUCGUUCUGGGAGAGGAAUUGUGGGACGGCACCUCGGGGGAAUGUGAUUUCUGGGUCUCGAAUUGUAGGAGGCCACGAAUCUCAGAUUGGAGCAUGGCCAUGGAUAGUUAGCCUGCAGUUUGUAAAAGUUGUAAACAAAUCCAUUCAUUUGUGUGGGGGAUCUAUCAUUAAAGAAACGUGGGUCCUCACAGCAGCCCACUGCUUUAAACUUUCCAGAGAGCCACAAUUUUGGAUAGCUGUGAUUGGAAUUAACAAUAUUGAACAGCCCCAUCUGAAGCGUAAGGAAGUAAAAAUUGAUACAAUCAUCAUCCAUCCAGAAUUCAAGCCUAAUACCUUUGAAAAUGACAUUGCACUUGUUCAUUUAAAACACCCUGUGACUUAUAAUAAUCUUGUUCGGCCCAUCUGUUUGCCAGUUUUUUAUGAUGCACCAAAAAUAACUGAGACCACCCGGUGCUUCAUAAGUGGUUGGGGGAAAAGAACAGAAGAAGGUACACUGACAUCUUCAUUACAAGAGGCUGAAGUAACUUUUAUUUCUAGGCGUACAUGUAAUGCAGUAGGAAGUUAUGCAGGAAGAGUUCCUAAUACUUCAUUUUGUGCAGGUGAUAAUUUUGGAAAUGUUGAUUCCUGCACGGGUGACAGUGGAGGUCCUUUGAUGUGUUACUUUGCAGAACAUGACAGAUUUUUUCUGACCGGUAUUACCAGUGCUGGAGUUGGCUGUGGCAGACCAUUUUUCCCUGGCAUUUAUACUGAUGUGCAAUUAUAUGAAACAUGGAUAAAAAAACAGUUGUAUCUAGAAGAUCUUAGAGGAAAAAAUGAAAUUACUAUUGUACGGGGAAAGAUUAUAAUAAUUAUGGUAUUUAUCGUCUUAUUUGUGCCUAUAUAAGAUUAAGACAAAGGUAACUUCAUUUUGUAAUGUAUCUUUUUCACAUCUCCAUGUCAUAUAAUUAUUCAUCUUUUAAUGAAUUAACUGCCCUCUCUGAAUUUUUCAUAUCAGCAUUUCUUAUUGAUGUGAAAGAGUUCUGACAGGUUAAGUAUAUAGUUUAAAUUUGAUACUGAACCAUAUAUUUUUUCUUUGAUAUGUCUGUAUUGUUUCAUUAUGUAAUAAUACUACUUUAUAUUUAUCAU